AUCAAAAUGUCCGUCUCUCGAUAAUAUAUAGUCUCCCUUCUUGUCUGACUCAGAUCCCUCUCCUUCCUUCCUUUUAUGCUCCCGAUUUACCCCUCUCCCUCUUUCUUGGAUCCGAUCUCCGGAGAGAACUCACCUGUCUCUGCUGUCACCAUGGCUGACCUCAACGUUGAUGGAAUGGAUGCUGUUCAGAGACGACUCAUGUUUGAGGACGAAUGCAUUCUCGUUGAUGAAAAUGAUCGUGUGGUAGGCCAUGACACUAAAUACAACUGUCAUCUGAUGGAAAAGAUUGAAGCUGAUAAUUUGCUUCACAGGGCUUUCAGUGUGUUUUUGUUCAACUCCAAAUAUGAGUUGCUUCUCCAGCAAAGGUCAAAAACAAAGGUUACUUUCCCACUUGUGUGGACAAACACUUGUUGCAGCCAUCCUCUUUACCGUGAAUCUGAGCUUAUUGAAGAGAACGUCCUAGGUGUAAGAAAUGCUGCACAAAGAAAGCUUCUAGAUGAGCUCGGUGUUGUAGCUGAAGAUGUACCAGUCAAUGAGUUCACUCCCUUGGGACGCAUGCUUUACAAGGCGCCUUCUGAUGGCAAAUGGGGCGAGCACGAACUUGACUAUCUACUUUUCAUCGUCCGGGAUGUGAAGCUUAAACCAAACCCAGACGAAGUGGCUGAUAUCAAGUAUGUGAGCAGGGAAGAGCUAAAGGAGCUGGUGAAGAAAGCAGAUGCAGGUGAUGAUGAUGGAGCCGUGAAGCUGUCUCCAUGGUUUAGAUUGGUGGUUGACAAUUUCUUGAUGAAGUGGUGGGAUCAUGUUGAGAAAGGAACUCUCACUGAAGCUGCUGACAUGAAAACCAUUCACAAACUAUAAAAAACUUUUGGAUCUUUUCUCUUUCUCUAUUGAUUCAAGUUAAAAAAAACUGGCAACAAGAUCUCUUCCUGGGGGUGGUUUUUGUAAUUCUAAAUUGUUUGAAUCCAAACAAGAUUUUUUUUU